UGGGCGUGCGUGUGUGUGUGCAGGGGUGGCCACAAUGAUCUGGGAUCUUGAUCCCUCCCUGAGAGAGAGAGAGAGAGAGAGCGAGAGAGAGAGAGAGAGAGAGAGAGCAGUCACAUGCAGAGAGGAGCUGGGACGAGAGACAGAACAGAACAGAGUUGUCAAGCUGCGAGGAGGCAGCGGUGAGAUGACUUAGUUUUUUCUUGGAAUACAUUUUCCCCUCCAUCUCCGAAGCCCACACACACAAUCAAAAAAUAUAAACACACAAACACACAGAUGGUAAAGUGUGAGUGCUGCUGUUAGGAACAGUGAAUCAUUUUCAGGAUCUGGACUUACUCAAGACUGUUUGGAUUCAGCAUCUUUGUGACUUGGACUUGUGUUUUUCACAGUACAACACUUUGGACUAAAAGUGUGUAUCCCUGUGUGUGUGUGUGUGUUAGUGUGUGUUUAAUGCAACACUGAGAUUUUGACUGACACUGUGUUGGCACUUGUUACUGUAGUUGCUUGAAUCUGUAGGAUUGGACUCACACUUGGACUCAGUGUGCGUGUUGUGUGUGUGAGGAGGAGGAUGUGUUCGCUUGUGACAGCGGUCCUGCUAGCCCACCUCGGGGCUACCUUAACGGGGGCAUGGAGAGCAUCUCAGCCAAGACUGCAGUUCACACACUCCGAGCUGAUCCAGAAUGGCCGCCUGCUGACGCUGCCCCUGGUGGCUGGAGAUCUGCACUCCCUGCAGCCUGACGAAGACAGGAGGCGUCUGUAUGUGGCCAUGAAAGAUAACCUGUUGUCUACCAGUCUGGACGACAUAACUCAGAACCCACGCAAGCUGUACUGGCCAGCUAGUCCAGACCGUGUCCAAGAAUGUCUCAUGGCUGGGAAGGAUCCAGAGUUGGAGUGUGCUAACUUCCUGCGAGUUCUGCAGCCUUUUAAUCAGACUCACCUGUACGUUUGUGGCACUGGAGCCUUCAACCCCCGAUGUGCUUUCAUAGCUACCAGCGUCUUCCAACAGUCAGAGCACCAGACUCUCUCCUACAGCCAGACAGAGUGUGGGAAAGGGAAAUGUCCCUACGAUCCGUUCCAGAAAACAGCCUCCGCUGUCGUUGAUGGAGAGCUGUAUGCUGGGAUCACCUCAGACUUCAUGAGCCGGGACUCAGCCUUCUUCCGUAGUCUCGGCAGCCGUCAUGUUAUCCGCACUGAGCAGUACGACUCCACCUGGCUGCAGGAUGCCCAGUUUGUGCGGGUAGCGCCACUGUCUGAAACUGAUAACUCAGAGGAUGAUAAGGUCUAUGUGUUCUUCACUGAGCGCGCUCAGGAGGCAGAAGGGGCUGCUGGGAAGGUGCUCUACUCCAGAGUGGCACGUGUGUGCAAGAAUGACAUCGGAGGCCAGAGGAGUUUAGUCAAUAAGUGGAGUACCUUCCAGAAGGCUCGUAUGGUGUGUUCAGUCCCAGGACCAGACGGCCUACAGACACACUUCGACCAGCUGCAAGACAUCUUUAUCCUCCAGGCGAAAGACAAAAAGAACCCUCUCAUCUACGGCCUGUUUACCACCUCUAGUGAUAUCCUGAAUGGUUCAGCAGUGUGCGUUUAUCGAAUGGAGGAUGUGGUUCGGGCUUUCAAGGGAAACUUCCUUCAUAAGGAGGGGCCUCUGUAUAAGUGGGCAGAGUUUACAGGCAAGGUGCCCUACCCGCGACCAGGAACUUGUCCCAGCAGCACAUAUGGAAGUUACAGCUCGACCAGAGAGUAUCCUGACGACGUCAUCUUUUUCAGCAGGACUCACCCACUGCUGCAGGAAAACGUGCUGCCGCUGGGAGAGCGCCCCCUCCUGGUCAGAGUUGGUGUUCACUACAAAUUCAGCAAACUGCUGGUGGACAGAGUGGAGGCCGUGGACGGCACCUACGACGUCCUGUUUAUCGGCACAGACUCAGGCCUGGUGCUGAAGGCCAUCCAUCUGCCCAGAGAACACGGUCAGAGUCAGGAGGUCACUCUGGAGCAGCUGCAGGUCUUUCAGCACAAAUCACCUGUGACAGCCAUGACACUCUCAAAGAAAAAGCAGUGGUUGUUUGUGGGCUCCAGGGAGGGUGUGUCCCAGCUGGCCCUGUACCAGUGUGAGCUGUAUGGCCAGGCCUGUGCUGAGUGCUGCCUGGCCAGGGACCCAUACUGCACCUGGGACGGACACGCCUGCAGCCCCUUCAUGCCCACCGUACGCAGGAGGAAUGCUCGUCACUUAGGGGAGGAUGAGGAUCCGCUAACUCAGUGUGUCAGACAGGGAGCCGGGCUGCAGGUGGAGGCGGAGCAGAGGAUGAUGAUGGUUGCCGAGGGCAACAGCACCUACCUGGAGUGUCUGCCACGAUCCAGACACGCUGCUGUUACCUGGUACAAACAGGCUGGAGAGAACAGUCCGGAACUAAACCAGGUGGUAACAGGUGACCAGCUGGUAGUGAUUGAACGGGGUGUCCUGAUUCGUCAAGCUGAGCUGUCUCACGGCGGCGUCUACCACUGCCAGGUGGAAGAGCACGGCUACCACUGGACCGCCGUCACUGUCCGCCUCGCUGUCUGGAGCCCCUCGGCCAAUCGCCUCCUCGCUUCCUGGUCCGCCUCGUCUUAUCAGAGCGCAGGGACCCAGCCCUGGUACGAGGACGUGAUGGCACUGAUUCACCCUGGAAACCUCGGCCAGCAUUGCCGGGCGCUAGGAUACCGCCCCCCACGCAACCACCGUCGCCACAGUGACAUCAUGGUGAAGCCGAACAAAGAGAAAGAGAAGGGGGAGAGGCACAAGCACGGGGGAGGAGGAAGAGGAGGAGGAGGAGGAGGAGGAGGUGGAGCUGGAGGGGGAGGAAGAGCAGCAGGGAGGAAGAGCAGGAGCAAGCCGCAGCAAAGGGCACCGAGGAGCGCUUGAAUGUGUCACAGAACAGGAGGGCGGAUUUUCAGUGACAUAAGCGCGCGCGCACACACACACACACACACACAUAUACACACACACACACACACACACACACACACACCCACAGACACACUUAUGGUAAUGUCCACACUAAGACACACACAUGUACGCACACUUAACUUAUACACUGACACACACACAUACUGUAUGUACAGAGACUAUAAUAUGCGCAUGCACUUACCUACAAAAAAAAGGCAUCCUUUCAUUAUAGUGACAAACUUUAAAACUAAGUUACACGCAAACAAACUGAAGUAUGUACAGGAGGACAAAAGACUUGUGAAUAAAAAGGAAAAAGUAGAACCUUAGGCUGCGUAGCAUGUUGAAUGAAGGAUGAACCGCACAUCCAGAUCACUCAGUUUAACUGAGUCUGUGUUGUGACAAGGACAUGGCAAAGCAUGUUUUGGAUUUGGAGCCUCUACAGAGAAGAAAAAAUUACAAUAGUAGAUAUUCCACAUUUGAAAAAGCAUCCAACCCCUCUGAAGUGAGUGCUGCCUUAAAGGACCAUACUGGUGGCUUGAUUAUAAAUCACAUACACACUGCCAAUUAUUCUCCAAAGCAGAACAGAUGUGUUUAGAUUGAUUUUGUACCUUCCAGGCAGGCACUGGUUUCCAUUAAAUUCAGUAUGCUUUGAAAAGCAUACUCACAGAAACAUGCAAAAUGCUUAAGAUUUCGAAUAUGUUUCUCAAAGUUAUGGUAUUGCAGUUGCAAGCAGCAUUUUCCAAACAAAAUGUUUAAAUGUUCUCUGUGAUGUAGGUGUUUUUUGGAAAAUAAUAGUGAUAGUUAAAUAAAGGGCGUUGAGAAGGUAAUUAUUUACUGUAGGGUGUGAAUAGCAGUAAAUAGCACUGUAUUAUAGUAGCAAUGUAUUAUGCAUCUUUUUCCCUAAAUGGAUAUAUACCAACAGUUCACUUUCAGUGAGAGUUCUACUGGUGUCUUCAGAUUGGCGGGGUCUUACUGCGAAAUGACUGACCGUGACCGCAAAGAUGAAAGGCAGAGAAAAGCAGGGCGACAGCUUUGAUGAGGUUACAGAUCAGCUUUCCCAGGAUGUAAUAGCUGUACACACACACACACACACACACACACACACACACACACACACACACACACACACACACACACACACUGCAGGAGAUGUUGCCAUUGUGUUCUCCUUAGGUUCACAAGUGUUAGCUGGUAAAGUUUACAGACAUAUCUGGCUCUGCCACGCAACAGAGAGCUUAGUGCUGGAAAAAGUAAACAGGCACGGUGGAUCUGAUGUGUUUUAUAAUGUCAGAAAAAAAAUGCUCUAUCCUAUUCUGAUUGUUUGGAUUCCCACAUGAGUAUAGUGUACAGAUAUAGGAAAUAUGAUUAUUGCUAUGUAGGACAAAAGUAACAUCUCAACAUCAGGUCCAGUUUGAUCUACAAAUUGUAAUUUUUUUCUCUGUACAUUUCUGGGGAAAAAAAAGAAAUGUUUAGCUGCUAUUAGAUGAGGCACAAUCAAGACUUUCCCAGUUAUCUUAAAAAAGAACUUUUUCCUCAAGACAUCUGUUUUAAAUGGUUUUAAUGAGUCUUAACCAGGGUCAUUACUACCAGACAUUUUUGGCCAAACACAGAAAUAUUUGAAUUGGUCAAAAUCAUGUUUCCGAUGAAAUAUCUAUUGGAUAAAACUGUGUUUUUAUUGUCACUGGUUACUGGUCAUUAAUUCAGCAUACUGAACCGUGUAGAAUGUCAAGAUGCUUUUUGUUUUUUGUUUUUUUUAUCAGUCGUGUUUGAUACAAAAUGGCCAAGGAAACAGGUUUCGAAGAGGACCGAAGCAUGAACUGAACUGGCAAGAGACUCUCUACAGAACAUGCAUGUUUUUUAACCUACGGCUCAGGACCCAAAAUGGGCCGUUUGUGACUUUGAGUGGGAUCCAGCCCAACUACAGAAGUGCAGUAAUAUAUUGCUGGUCUUGUAGCUCCAGCUAAUAAUGACAUAUGGCUGUAAAUUUUGAAGCAGACUUGAUGUAUAAUAAAGAUGCCUAUACAAAGUUGGAACUUGAGAAAGUGCUAAACGGGACUGGCGUCAAAUGGACUCUGGUGUGUGGAAUUUGAGCGACUUCAGUGACUUUGCAAAGCAGUAAAUUGUGAUUUGUUCUGAAUGUUAAAAUCUUAAAUGAACACAACUUUCACCUCUAUGUAACUUUUUUCCUAGUGGUAUUUAUUUGUUUAGUCUGGAGUGAAACUGCUUGUUUCAGAAGUUGCAAGGUCAAAUUUUUGGGGAAAUACAUCAAGCUCCCAAAUCAACCAGUUCAACCAUAAUGUAUCACAAACUGGACGCUUAUUUAACAUUUGUGUUGGUCCGUCUUUGUAUGUAUGUACUGUAUGUUUGUGUGCCCACACAUUCAAGUCUGCAUGGUUACCAUCUGCUUCUGUUGAUGCACCUUCCCACUCCCACCUGUAGAAAUGAAGAGCAGUCCUGCCUGCAAUCCUGGUCAUUUUUAAUUGAGAAUCUGGCCCAUCCCGCAGGCAUUUAAAAGUAAAAGUAACUACUUUGGCUCGGGGCAGCAAGAUCAGAAAUGUGAUGGCUUUCUGUUUCUCUGAGAGUUUUUAUAUUUUUCCCACAACAACGGAUACAAACGAAUCCUGAAACAUCAGAACUCAGCCGGUGCUGUGCUGUAGUUUACAGAGAGAAUGGAGAGGGAGGAGAAUGGCAAACAAUCUCACUAAAUUAAAACUUUGCUUUAUUUUGGAUGGUUUACUUGAAGACGAUGCAUAUACAUGCAUGGUUGAGUUCAAUAAUAACCAUAUAAAAUAUAAGUCAUAUUUUCAUAUAUUUAAUUUCGUUCCAUAAUAAUGAUGCUGAGCACACAAUUCUGUCUAUAUUAGAGUAAAGAUAUCCCAUGUUGGGUCCUUAAGGAUCCCAAUCCCUUUGCAUUGCUGGUUAUAUGUCUGUCUGUACAGUAUGCAUCUGUGUGCGUGUUUGAUAUAAGUGGAAUCACAGUGAGAUGAGCUGAAACGAAGGUUCAGAGACCAAGCCAGUAAAUCUUCCAAAUGGGGAACUCAGCAAUGGAUCGGAGACACUUUUGAUGCUGUAAGAAAAAUAAACCAGACAGACUCAGAGCAUGGAGAGCCUGCAAAAAAAAUGAACAUGGGCUUGGCUCCUUGGCUUCUUGGCUUUGGCCACAUGAAAGAGCUAACCAGUGCUGAGAGCUACUUCUGAAUGUGUGUGUUUGAGUUUGUAUGGGCGUGUGUUGCUCUGAGUAACUGUUAAAUGUUUAAAGUGUCAGGUAUAGCCACGUCUCAAAAUGAAAGGGUGUGUGGGUGAGUGUGAAGCUGGCAGUAUGAUUCAAAUGAAAUCAGGAUCUGGUGUGUUCUCAGACUGCUGCCAAAUAUGUCAUUUAGGACACGACAAGUGAACAGUAAUUUAUGUGAGCAUUCAAACAACAUCGUAUGAGUCUCAUGGGGGCUGUUGAAUGCUAACAGAAUCAUUGUUAUAUCUUAUCUCAACCCUUCCAUUUUGCUUGUGAGAAAAUGGCAAUUUUGAUUUCAUAUUUAACAGGCUCUGUCUCUGCUCUCAUAAUUAUGCAUUAAAUCCAGCAACCUAUAGAAAAUCAAAAUAAUAAAGCUUUGGUCUGCGGCUUGUGGAUAUUGUGUGUGUAUGAGUGUGUAAUGUGUCUAAUGUGUCAGAUUCAAACACCACAGUAAAGAGAAGUAGGCAGAACUUCUACGAGACAUUUUUAUGGUGUACCAUUUUAAACAUUUAGUGUUUCCCUCAAAGACGCUGGUGCAGAGCUGCUCCGUGUUCAUUACAACGGCUUCUUGUGUUUCACUCUGUUUUACUGCAUUUACAUCUCAUUGUCAAUAUUCAUCUCUUGUGAUUUUCCAGAACGACUUCUUUGCAGACGAAAUGAAACUUUCUUUGACUGGUUUCCUCUUAUGUGCGGAGACUUUGUUUUUCUUUUUGUAUAUAUGUAUAAAGGUCUGCUUUCGAAUGAG